UGCAUGCAUAUAGAUCUGCAUAAUUCUUCUUUUAUGUUUGGAUCAAGCAAUUCACUACUUCAUCCGAUUAUUCAAGGCGCUAUUUAGCCAUUUCCACCAUUCCAGUUUGCACAGCUUAAGCAAAUUUGGGUUCCAAAAUAUGGCGGACACAGAACUUACAAGGACUGUUUUAGGAGUUAUUGGAAACAUCAUAUCUUUUUGCAUGUUCCUCUCGCCAGCCCCAACAUUUGCAAAAAUAUGGAAAGCCAAGUCAGUUCAGCAUUUCAAGCCAGACCCCUACCUUGCGACGAUAUUGAAUUGUGCAUUGUGGGUAUUUUAUGGCCUUCCUAUCGUCAAAGAGGAUAGCAUUUUGGUUUCCACUAUCAAUGGUGUGGGAUUUGCCAUAGAAGUUAUCUUUAUCGCCAUAUUCGUCAUAUACUCCGACUGGCCAAAACGACGCAAAAUCUUCAUGUUCCUCGUGAUCGAAGCAAUAUUCUUUGCCAUAGUUGUUAUUAUUACCGUAGCUGCUCUUCAUGGCAACCAGAGGUCUUUGUUUGUUGGUGUAUUGUCCCUCAUCUUCAACAUCAUGAUGUAUUUUUCGCCAUUGACCAUCAUGCGUCGAGUAAUCCAGACCAAGAGUGUGAAAUACAUGCCAUUUUAUUUGUCACUUGCUAAUUUUGCCAAUGGUGGUAUUUGGUUUUCUUAUGCUUUCCUCAAAUUUGACCCCUGGCUUGUGAUACCUAAUGGUUGUGGUGCUGUUGCUGGACUAACUCAACUCAUACUAUAUGCUACUUAUUAUCGCUCAACAAACUGGGACGAAGAAGAAAAUCCCAAGGAAGUCCAACUAUCCUCUGAAGCCUAACGCACAAACAAAGAGGAUUUAAGGGGAAGGGCAAUUUCAAUUGACAAAGUGAAACACAUUUUGUAGUUUGUAGUAAUUUGUUCUUGCUUAUACCUUAACUACUAGGGAGGAGUAGUUUGAGGUAAUUUGAGAAGAAAUAGUCAUAAAAUAUGACAAAUCAAUUUUGAAAUUCAUUUUCCAGUUCUAAAGAAGUUAGAGGUUGAUACUUUAUGUAAAACAUUUUGAAUAGUCGCACAAAUCUCUAG